GGUUUUAGGAAAGCAGUCUUUGCAAUUGGAGAACUGUCUCUUUUAAUUAAUAACAAUAAAUAGUACUUAAGGUCCCUAGUUUUUCUUUUCUUUUCUUUUUUGUGAUUUAACGUAGUACCGUGGCUGAAAAUGGUGAGAUAGAUUAUGAGAUAGAGAAAGCUAACACCAGAACAAAAAGGAAGAAAUAAAAUAGUUGUGUUAUAAUAAUAAUUAAGGUUUGAUCAAGAAAAAAUAGCAUAACAAGAAAUGGUCAUUCUCUCUACAGUAGUAAUUUUACAAUUUAUAUACAAUAUUUAUAUAAUGGUGGCUAGUUAUAGCUGUCUCUAAAGGCUAAAUGUGUCGUGUAAAACCAACAAAAGUGACUUGCCAUCAACAACUAAACCAACCCCACUUUCUUAUUACCUCUGUUAAUUAGUUUCUUUCAUUUCUUGUGCUCAUAUAUAUCUUCUUUUGGAAUUAUCUCAGACGUAUUUGCUGAUAAAGAUUUUGUUCAAAGCUUGUUAAUUAGGUUGUGCUUGCUAGAUAGUCUUGGUCUUGGUCUUAUGGAUCAUCAAGAACCUCCUGGAGCUUCAAAUUCUAGCGAUGAUGCUAAAAAUAGUGCAGCUUCUUGUCCUAGAGGCCACUGGAGACCUGCUGAGGAUGAAAAACUCAGGCAAUUAGUGGAACAAUAUGGUGCACAAAAUUGGAAUUCUAUUGCUGAGAAGCUACAAGGAAGAUCAGGGAAGAGCUGUAGAUUGAGGUGGUUUAAUCAACUAGACCCUAGAAUAAACAGAAGACCAUUUAGUGAAGAAGAAGAGGAAAGAUUAUUAGCAGCUCAUAGAAUUCAUGGAAACAAGUGGGCUUUAAUAGCAAGAUUAUUUCCAGGAAGAACUGAUAAUGCUGUGAAGAACCACUGGCAUGUAAUAAUGGCAAGAAAACAAAGAGAACAAGCCAAGAUAAGUGGGAAAAGAAGUUACCAUCAUCAAGAAAACCUUAUAAUCAGUCAUGACUCCAAAUCUACAAAACCUAAUGAUCAUCAUCACUUCAAUAAUCCAAGAAAAGCAAGAUCUCAUCAAGAACAUCAUCUUUUUAGUUCAAGAAUUGGAUUUGAAAAUAGUAAAAUCUUAGAAUUUCAAAACCCAAGUACAGAUAGAUUAUUCUCAGUUAUCCCUUCUUCCACUGCUACUAGUUCUUCACCUUCUUGGAUUUUUGCCCCAUCAAAUAAUUCUUCACCUUCUUGGAUUUUUGCCCCAUCAAAUAACUCUUCACCUUCUGUAGUUCUUGAUCAUCAUUUGCCAUUACCAAGAAAAGAAAAAAGAGAUUAUUGCUUCAGUUCUUCUAGAUUUAAUUACCCUAGUGAAAGCUCUACUAUUUAUAGAAACAAUUGCCGUACUUUUUUUGGGAUUCCGAGUUACAGAAGAAUUGUUCCAAGUCCAUUUGGGUAUCUAAAAAUUGGAGAUGAAGAUGAAGAUAUUAACAAUGGAAUUUCGAAGAAAGAAAUGAUGAGCUAUUCCGGUAAUUCAUCAUCAUUUACAUUGAAGAAUAAUAUGAGAAUGAUGAGCAGUCAGGCGGAAGAACGAGGAGAAGAAUCUAUCAGACAUAAUAAGGAGGUUCCUUUCAUAGAUUUUCUUGGUGUGGGUAUAUCUUCUUGAUCACCAAAUUAAAAAGGGACUUCUUUUUUUUCUUUAUUUUCUUUAUAGUUAGUACAAACAUAUGGUAGUUUUAGCUUCACUUUUAUUUCAUCAUCUUGUGAAAAAUGUUGAUGGCAUGCAAAUGAAGUAGCAGUAGUUCAGAUGUCAUAUUAAUUUAUUAAUUUCUCUGAAAAUUCUAUAAAUAUUUUUUUUUCUCAACC